UUAACACAUCCCAGCAACACCAUGAGGAGCAGGCCCAGGUGCUUUUUCUGGGGUCUCGGAUUUCUUCUUUUCUGCGGCAAAUCAGCCUUCAGGGAUGAUUAUUUGCCUUUCAACAAUUUUCCUUUUGAUGCUUUGGAAGAUCUAUAUAGCGGGAGUGGCAGCAACCCCAACGUAGACUGUGGCCCCAGUGCAGUUCCCUAUAACAUCUCUCACUGCAUCUGUGAAGACGGGUUCAGGUCCAUCUCCGGAAAAGAGCCUUUCCUUGGUACCAGUGAGUCCAGAUGUGAGGAUAUCCCCCUUCACUGCCGGUCAGGUUUCGCGAGAGAAAAUGACUACGUGAAGAUGUGUUUGAAUGGAUCACAGCAGAUUAACUUGGAUAAUAGGAAAAACAGCUCAUUCUGUUCGCUGGUCAAUUCCACCCUCAGCCUCCUGACACCUGCCUGUGAGAACGUCAGCUUGACCACUUCGCUAGAGGAGACAGCAGCAUCCUUCGAACACGUCCUUGCUGACAGCUCCCUCUGGAGCCUCGAAAGCAAGGAGGAAGUCGCUUCUGCUGCGACGCUGCUUCUGCAGAGUUUGGGGUCAGCCGCAGUGACAGCUGCCCUCACCUCUCCAGAGAACCAAACCCAGACUGCGACCACCAAGCUAAUGGCGAUUCAGACAAAGCUCACCAAUGAGAACUGUAGUCUGCAGAGCGAGGGACUUGGAUUCCGUGCUCACGAAGACAGGAUGGAUAUUCACUGCACUGCCGUUACUGAUGCUGAUGUGGAAGGUUCUGCUGCUGUUGCUUUUAUCUCCUAUGUGGGGCUGGAGUCCCUACUGGGAGGGAGAUUUUUGCAGGAUGAAAAUCGAGAGAGCGAGGCAAGACCAGAACAGGUUCACGUGAACUCCAGAGUGGUGAGUGCCUCCACCAGCACUUGGAAGAAGAAGCCUUCCAGUCCCAUCAACCUCACCUUCCGGCACCUCGAGGACAAGACUCUGCUGGAUAGGGCCAUCUGUGUCCACUGGAACUCUGCAGGCCAGGAUGGUGUGUGGUCCCCUCAGGGCUGCCAGCACCUUCACUCCAAUGUCACUCACACGCGGUGCAGCUGUCGCUACUUGGCCAGCUUUGCGGUGCUGAUGGCACCUGGUGUCGUUGAGGUGGAUUUUGCCCUCUUUGUUAUCAGCCAAACCGGGCUCAUCAUCUCCCUGAUCUGUCUCAUCGUGGCUAUUGUCACCUUCCUCUUCUGCCACCCCAUCCGUAACACUAGCAGCACCUUCCUCCACCUGCAGCUCAGCAUAUGCCUCUUCUUGGCUGAUCUCCUCUUCAUAGUGGGAAUAGACAAGACUUACAACAAGCUCAUGUGUUCCAUCACCGCCGGCUUGCUGCAUUACCUCUUCCUGGCUUGCUUUGCCUGGAUGUUUCUGGAAGCGGUGAACCUGUACCUCAUUGUCAGGAAUCUGAAGGUGAAAAAUUAUGCAGGCACGGUCAGAUGCACAAGAAAAUGCAUGUACGUCUUUGGCUACGGACUCCCAGCAGUGAUUGUGAUCACGUCUGCAACCAGCGCACCCAGCAGCUAUGGAACUCCUUAUGACUGCUGGCUCAAUCCUGAUAACGGUUUUAGAUGGAGUUUCCUUGGGCCUGUCUGCGCUGUGGUUGUGAUAAAUUUAGUGUUUUUCUGCCUUACUCUGAAGCUUUUGCGAGAGCAUCUUUCCUCCCUCAAUGCAGAGCUGUCUACUGUGAGGAACACCAGGUCACUGACUUUUAAAGCCCUGGCUCAUCUCUUAGUCCUGGGCCUCACGUGGGGGCUGGGCACUUUCCAGUUCGGCUCGUUGGCCACGGUGAUGGGGUACCUGUUCACCAUCACCAACAGCCUGCUGGGAACCUUCAUCUUCGUGGUGCACUGCCUGCUCAACAGAAAGGUGAGAGAAGAGUAUUGGAAAUUAUUUACCAGGCUUCGACAGUCAAAGGAAGAAACUUCGUCUUCCAAUAUUACUAUGUCUGCUCUCCCCUCCAGCACGGCCGCGGAUCCUCAGCAAAACGCUGUCCCAUCCUACCUGAAGAAGGUGGCGAGGGAUUGAUCUCUGUUGCCUGGCCUCUCUUUAUGGAUUUUCCACGUUGUUCUCCUCUCCUGGUCCCAGAUGCAAAGGAAAGGGGUUGGCACAGUCUCAUUAAAUGCUCCUGCUGUGUCACCAAAGAAUGUCUCCAUUCACAAGCCCACAAGCAAGAAAGCCAUAAACUGGUGGAUUCUGAGCCACCAGGCACAACUACGAUACUUCAGGAGACCAGACCUAUGAAAUCCUGAUCUCCAAGCCCUUCCCCCUGCGUUCAGUUCAGGUUUGUCUUAAGGAAGGCUCAGGUUGGAGCCUGAAAAUGUAAUUGAACCAAUUCACCCAGUGGCCCAGUGUGUGCCUUGUUUGAGCCUUAUCCUGAAACUGAUUCUAUACUAGGAUCUAGAGCAGGGAUGGGCAAACUUUUUGGCCCGAGGGCCACAUCUGGGUAUAGAAAUUG